AGAGGGGUUGGACGGGAGGGGAGCUGGGGGGGAAAAGGCGGAACAAACCGGUGUGCUCGGAUACAUGCUGUAGCUGCUCGCCCGCACUGCAGAUUAACUCUUACCGUGCCGGGAGAUGCAGCGAGACAUGGAAAGGAUUGGUCAGAGCUGCUCCUGACUGGAGCUCACAGAACAACUCUUCAGCCAGCAGCCACUCUCCCUGGGGAUUGCAAGGACGCCUCCUAAACUCAGCUCAUUCCUCAACCUGCCACACUGUGUGCGAGGACUGAGGCCAGACACUGUUGAGAUGGGACAAAACUCAGGGAUGCACGCAGAAGAGAGCGAGCGAGUGGUGUCCUUCUGAACAUUAUGUCUGUACUUUUAAAAGUGAGGAGCUGUGGGAAACUGUAGAAAACUCAGACCUCUUAAGAACACAGGCCACACAGUAUGACCUGCUUCUUUCCCACACAUGGUGACAGGGGCUGAAGGGGCACACAUUCGUGUGUGUAUGUGCCAGUGUAUCACACUGUGUUGAGGAGUAUUUAAGUACAGCAGGGAGUGUCUGGUUUCCUUUCCAGCCCAGAGAGAGGUUGUAGUGUGUGCGGACUUGUGUUCCGGAUGCAGAACAUCCUCGAUCAAAACUUAGACAUGGCCACAGCUCUACUCGCCGGUGAGAAGCUGAAGGAGCUAAUCCUGCCUGGCUCCUCUCAGGAUGAGAAGGGUGGGGCACUGGCCAGCCUCAUGGUGCAGCUCAAACUGGAGCUGCCCUUUGAUCGUGUUGUUACUAUAGGGACGGUCAUCAUCCCCAUCCUUUUGGUCACCCUUGUCUUCACAAGGAACUUUGCAGAGGAAUCCAUAUACUGUUACACACCACACAACUUCACCAGGGACCAGGCACUGUAUGCAAGAGGCUACUGCUGGACAGAGCUGCGGGAUGCUGUACCUGGAGUGGAGUCUCACCUUUGGCCUUCACUAUUUGAACACAAAUUUCUGCCCUAUGCCCUGCUAGCCUUUGCCGGAAUCAUGUACAUUCCUGCUUUGGGCUGGGAGUUCCUUGCCUCCACUCGGCUCACUUCAGAGCUCAAUUUUCUGCUUCAAGAGAUUGAUAACUGCUAUCAUCGAGCCGCUGAGGGCCGAGCCCCAAAGAUUGAGAAGCAGAUCCAGUCCAAAGGACCUGGCAUAACUGAGCGAGAGAGAAGGGAGAUCAUAGAGAAUGCAGAGAAGGAGAAAAGUCCAGAGCAGAACUUGUUUGAGAAAUAUUUGGAGAGACGAGGCCAAAGUAACUUUCUGGCUAAGCUUUACCUGGCACGCCACCUGGCUAUAAUCUGCCUCAGUUCCAUCCCCAUUUCCUACCUGAGCGCCUACUAUGCCCGCCAAAGGCAGAAUGAGUUCACCUGUGCACUGGGUGAGCCCCCAGAUGUUAGCAGCUAUGCAGAGCUGAAGCUCAGGGUCAACUGUAAGCUGCCUGCUGUGCAGUUGCAGCGCAUCAUGGCAGCGGUAGAUAUUGCUCUGCUCUGCACCAUGAACCUCAUCAUCCUGCUUAAUUUACUGCACUUGUUUGUGGUGCGCAAGUCCAACUUUGUAUUUGAUAAACUGCAUAAAGUUGGUAUCAAAACACGGCGACGCUGGCAGAAGUCUCAGUUCUGUGAUAUCAACAUCUUGGCCAUGUUCUGCAAUGAGAACAGGGACCACAUCAAGUCGCUCAACCGGCUGGACUUCAUCACCAACGAGAGUGACCUAAUGUAUGACAAUGUGGUCAGGCAGCUGUUGGCUGCGCUUGCACAGUCCAACCAUGAUGCUACACCCACUGUGAGGGACUCUGGGAUACAAACACUUGAUCCCAAUAUGGAUCUUGGAGUGGGAGAGAUGGGUGGGGAGCCGCUGGUCAUCAAACGACCCCGCAAGAAGAUUAAAUGGAUCCCAAGUUCAAAUCCUCUUCCUCAGCCAUUCAAGGAGCCCCUUACCAUGACACGUCUGGAAAAUAACACCAAGCCUGAAAAACCCAAACCAGUCAGACGAAAGACAGUGGCAGACAACUUCAUUGCACCACUUCUGGAUACCAAGAGCACACAACAUCCUGCAAUAAAAGAUCUAAGUGGGAUGGAGAAAAAGCACACUCGCAACUUCUCUCUGGAUGUCCACCCAUACAUGUUGACCAUUCGAAAGCCCAAGGUGGAGGCCACAACCACAGAACCUCUACCCACAGAGCACAACAUGGAUACAGUGUACCUUGAAGGCACACACACUAUUGUUCAUGUGUCUGGCGCAAUUACAGAAACUAAAGUAUGCUCUCCAGAAUCUACCAACACUGCCUUUUCUACAGUCACCCUGCCCACCACUACUUACGUCAAUGGCGUGAGCCCGAACCCUCCCUCCAGUGAGGACGCCCUCAGCCCAAAGUCCUCUCCACCUCUGACGGAGCCACUCACCCAGACAGAAAACCCUGAGCAUCCACCACCACCCCUGACCAGGGCCCCUACACACCAGCUCCUGAGUAUACGUCACACUCUCUUUGAGGAGGAAGAGGACGAAGAAAAUCGCAGAGACAGACUGGCAGAGAGACCUGGGGAGCUCAUCGCCGCUGGGGAAUGUUGAAGAACAAGAAGAGGAGGAAUGCUGACUGAAGAUUUCUUUCCCCUAACACUACACUCUGCACACAUGGCCACCAUGUCAACCACCUCCUAUCAACAGUCACCUCUACUCUUGAAAUUAACUCACCCACUCCUGUGAUUGCUGGAUUGGGCAGAAAUUGGACAAUGAGAAAGCAAAUGACUAUUAGAUGGGAAUGUGAUUCAGAGAAGAGCAGACAAAAGCUUGUGUAUUUGAUAAUGUUGACCAGAGUAUUACUGUAGGAAAUGAUGUCCCAUUCAUGUCUCAGGAUGACUGUGUACAGCUAAACACCCUCCAAUGAAACCAGCAGUGAUAUAAUAAUUCUACAGGGUGCUGCGGUACAGGAUAAAACAGCUAUAUUGAAAAAGGCCUCAUGAAAAUAUGAGUGGGAAUGAGUGAGCUUUCUAAAAAAAAAAGGAAAAAAAGCUACCUUAGAGAUGCAUAUCUGCAAAAGGGGACUGUUUUAUGGCUUCAAACAAAAUGUAUUUUAAACACAUAUGAUAACGCUUAGUCCCUUUAUCCCAAUAGCCAAGUAGAAACGUAGCUCACGCAAUACAGUUGUUGCGAUCUGCACAAUUAAUAUGCAAAAGAUCACAAUAUAUUUGUGGCAAUAAUGUAUGCGCUUACAGCAUCAUAUUUCACAAAAUGCUAUAGGUGUAUUAGACACUGUAUAUGACUCAGUGUUUGUGGGGUGUUUAAAAUAUAGCACACUUUUCAUGGCUUUAUCAUUGAUAUUUCACCAUUGAUUAGGAAUGUGUAUCAGAGCUUGACUCGACUAUAUUUGCACGUCACUAAUAAUAGGCAAAUUGGCAUAUCAUAUAAAGGAGCAGCAAAAGAACAGACAUGCAGUGAGAGCGUGGCAUUGCGAGGUGACGUGUGACUACGAUAUUGCUCAGAUUUGUGUGAUAUCUGUGAGAUCUAGUAAAGAAAAAAAAGAAAAAGGCAGUGAUGUAGGUGUUUUCUCCUUGAAGACAUUAUUAGCAGCUCCAAUAUGAUGAAUGGAGCUAG